CUGGCCGAUCAGCAGAUGCUGAGGCGAGUGAAGAGGGCCCCCCGGGGGCGGGCUCGCCUCACAGCGGUCGCCGGCUCGGCGCGGUGCGGACGCUCGAAUCUCGCCGAGGGCCCAGGCCGGGGAGCAGUCAGGUCAGUGACCAAUCAUGUCAGCCAAAGCCAUAUCGGAGCAGACGGGGAAAGAGUUCCUUUACAAGUUCAUCUGCACUAAGGCCGCCAUCCAGAACAGGUUCAAGUAUGCCAGAGUGCGACCGGAAACGGACUGGAACCAACUCGUCCAAGAGCACCCGUGGCUCCAGACCGAGCCACCCAGCGGUCAGCCAGCCAGUGGCUUCCCUAGCAGCCCCAAGCUCCUGAUUAAAACUCUGUCUCCAGACAUCAGUUUGGGGGCACCGGAUCUUCUGAUCGUGUCUCCUCCCGCUUCCUUGAUCCUGCUGGUACGGAUGUACAGGCAAUCCUCCUUCAGGCCCAAGCAUCGAAUAGUACCCGGGGUAUCCAGUAGCUUCAUUUCUCAUGCGGUUGCAACUGUGGACCAGAUGCCCGAUAUGUUGACUCCACUCGACCUCCAGGGUCCCGAGCGUGCCCAGCAAAGUCCGUUGAAACCUCUCGGCCUUGCCUCUGACUUCCCCCGUGGCUGGAGACUGGCCCGUUGCUUCAGCUGCAAGGGCAGGAAGACUCGCCCAGUCUCCAUCCAUUUCCAGCCCUUCACCCGCACUUUGGGACAACGCAUCUUCAUCGAUGUUCCGGCUCCCUGGCUCUACUUCAGGCUGACAACGUUGCCGACCAACGAUGGCCCGUGGCAUCUGGCUUCGCCGAGGGCGCUCUUCUGGACCGAGGUCCCAGAUGCUGUUCUGGGAUUUGUUGGAGUCACCCAGUCCAGGUGUCACAGCCCCAAGUGCUCCUAUCACCGCCGGGUUUACUCCGGCUUUCACCUUCCACAUCCUUUCCGCCUGCUCUUUCAAGCCCUGUGUUACUACGUCUGGUUGGUUGGCCAGUACCUGCUGGAUUUGGAAGCCCCCCAACGGGAUCUGGGCUCCGACAUUCUCCACUACCCUCUCGGGGGCUUCCCAGUCUCGCUGCACUCAGAUUUGCAGCUUUGGUCUCAGGGCAGUGACUGCAAACGAAUGAAACGACCUCUGAGUCUCGCAAGCCGUGACGCUCGGACGUACAAGAUCGUUUGCGAUGGGCACCGAUUUGGGGCUUGUCGUGUUCUGCUGCUAACGUGUCGUUUUUUUAAAAUUUUGUUCUCCCAGGUUGGACGUGCCAAGGGUACCCUCAAAAACUUCCUGAUCGAGCCGUUCAUACCCCACAAACAGGAGGAAGAAUUUUAUGUCUGUGUGUACGCCGCCCGGGAGGGUGACUACGUCCUGUUCCACCACGAGGGCGGAGUGGACGUUGGGGAUGUCGACUCCAAGGCCUGCAAAAUGCUCGUCAAAGUGGACGUGAAGCUGAGCGAGCAGGAUGUCUGCAGUCAGCUGCUGCAGCACGUGCCCGAGAACAAGAAAAGCAUUCUGGCAUCUUUCAUCGUUGGGCUUUUCAACCUGUACGAGGAUCUCUUCUUCACCUACCUGGAGAUUAACCCACUGGUUGUCACGGACUCUGCGGUCUUCGUUCUGGACAUGGCGGCGAAGAUAGAUGCCACGGCUGACUACAUCUGCAAAUCCAAGUGGGGGGACGUGGACUUCCCGCCGCCGUUUGGGAGAGAAGCCUAUCCUGAGGCAACUUAUAUCGCUGAUCUCGAUGCGAAGAGCGGGGCCAGUUUGAAGUUGACGAUUCUCAACCCCAAGGGCCGGAUCUGGACCAUGGUGGCUGGAGGAGGCGCGUCGGUGGUGUACAGCGACACGAUCUGUGACCUCGGCGGGGUGAACGAGCUGGCGAACUACGGCGAGUACUCUGGCGCCCCGAGCGAGCAGCAGACCUACGACUACGCCAAGACCAUUCUGUCCCUCAUGACGAGGGAGCAGCACCCAGAAGGAAAAAUCCUGAUUAUCGGAGGGAGCAUCGCCAACUUCACAAACGUGGCAGCAACGUUUAAGGGCAUAGUACGUGCGAUCAAAGACUACCAGACCCCCCUGCAGAAUCACAACGUCUCCAUUUUCGUCAGGAGGGGCGGACCCAAUUAUCAAGAGGGACUCCGCGUCAUGGGCGAAGUCGGAAAGACAACUGGAAUUCCGAUCUACGUUUUUGGUACAGAGACGCACAUGACUGCGAUCGUGGGAAUGGCCCUGGGCCAGCGAAGCAUUCCCGACCAGCCGCCCGUGGCCGCCCACACCGCCAAUUUCCUGCUGAACGCCAGUGGUAGUCCUUCGACUCCGGCUGCUAGCAGAACGGCCUCCUUCUCUGAAGCGAAGUCUGAGGAUGCAGGCAGAGCGUCGAUGAGUGCCAAGUGUGACGUCCCCUGGGAAGGAAAGGGAAGGCAAGAAGAGAAAAGAGGUAAAGCCACCACGCUCUUCAGUCGCCACACCAAGUCCAUCAUCUGGGGGAUGCAGACCAGAGCCGUGCAAGGGAUGCUGGACUUCGACUACGUCUGCUCCCGGGACGAGCCCUCCGUGUCGGGCAUGGUUUACCCAUUCACUGGCGACCACAAGCAGAAGUUCUACUGGGGUCACAAGGAGAUCCUCGUUCCUGUCUACAAGAACAUGGCGGACGCCCUGAAGAAGCACCCGGAGGUGGACGUCCUCAUUAACUUCGCCUCCUUGCGCUCCGCGUACGACAGCACCGUGGAAACCAUGAGCUUCCCCCAGAUUCGGACAAUCGCUAUCAUCGCUGAAGGAAUCCCUGAAGCAUUGACAAGGCGAUUAAUCAAGAUGGCGGACGAGAGGGGCGUCACCAUUAUUGGGCCUGCUACGGUCGGUGGCAUUAAGCCGGGCUGCUACAAGAUCGGCAACACUGGGGGAAUGCUGGACAACAUCCUGGCCUCGAAGCUCUACCGCCCAGGGAGCGUGGCCUACGUGUCCCGCUCGGGGGGCAUGUCCAAUGAGCUCAACAACAUCAUCUCCAGAACCACCGACGGCGUCUACGAAGGAGUCGCCAUCGGCGGCGACCGGUACCCAGGCUCCACGUUCAUGGACCACGUCUUGCGUUACCAGGACACGCCGGGAGUUAAAAUGAUCGUUGUCCUUGGUGAGAUCGGCGGAACCGAGGAGUACAGGAUCUGCACAGGCAUCAGGGAACGGAGGAUCACGAAGCCCGUAGUCAUUUGGUGCAUUGGUACCUGUGCGACAAUGUUUGCCUCGGAGGUCCAGUUCGGUCACGCUGGCGCCUGCGCCAAUGAGAAUUCCGAGACGGCGGUGGCGAAGAACCAGGCCCUGAGGGAGGCUGGGGCCAUCGUGCCGAGAAACUUCGACGAGCUGGGAGAGACCAUCAAGAACGUUUACGACGACCUGAUUGCUAAGGGGGUGAUAGUGCCUGCGCAAGAGGUUCCCCCGCCGACGGUGCCGAUGGACUACUCCUGGGCCAGGGAGUUGGGUCUGAUUCGGAAGCCCGCCUCCUUCAUGACCAGCAUCUGUGACGAGAGGGGCCAGGAGCUGAUCUACGCCGGGAUGCCUAUCACCGAGAUCUUCAAGGAGGACAUGGGCCUGGGCGGCGUCCUGGGCCUGCUCUGGUUCCAGAGAAGGUUGCCGAAACACGCCUGUCAGUUCAUCGAGAUGUGCCUGAUGGUGACGGCCGACCAUGGGCCAGCCGUCUCCGGGGCUCACAACACCAUCGUGUGCGCCCGGGCCGGGAAGGACCUGAUCUCCAGCCUCACGUCCGGCCUUCUGACCAUUGGCGACCGGUUCGGAGGUGCGCUGGACGCGGCCGCCAAGCAGUUCAGCAAGGCCUUUGACAGCAGCCUCAUCGCGAUGGACUUUGUCAACAAGAUGAAGAAGGAAGGGAGGCUGAUCAUGGGGAUCGGACACCGGGUGAAGUCGAUUAAUAACCCGGACAUGCGAGUGCAGAUAUUGAAGGACUUUGUGAAACAGCAUUUCCCGGCGACGCCUCUCCUCGACUACGCGCUGGAAGUGGAGAAGAUCACCACGUCCAAGAAACCAAAUCUUAUCCUGAACGUAGACGGCUUUAUCGGUGUCGCAAUGGUCGAUCUGCUGAGGAACUGCGGUGCGUUCACAAGGGAGGAAGCUGACGAGUACGUGGAGAUUGGAGCCCUUAAUGGAAUCUUCGUUCUCGGCCGGAGUAUGGGCUUUAUCGGGCACUACUUGGACCAAAAGCGACUGAAACAAGGCCUGUACCGGCACCCGUGGGACGACAUCUCAUACGUUUUGCCCGAGCACAUGACCAUGUGAACGCCGGGGUGGCCAUGAAGCGGUUUUGGUGCAGAAACAUCUCCCCCCCCCCUCCCCCCCCCCCCCCGGCCACCCCCAUUUCCAUCCGGCGCACCCCCCGAGAGGUGUCUUUUCCCAUCACUUCCUUUGCACUGGAGCCCUUCGCAGAACAUUGGUGCGGUUAAUUGCACACGUGCUGCUGUGAAACCCAUUGGGGAGCGGGCUUGGGGUGGGGGCUUUCCAGACUGCCGCGGGGUUAAAAACCCUCCGAGAAGCAGUGGCGGUGAAGCGUCCCUUCUCCGCGACGUACAGCAGACCCCAGUCGGGAGCAUUCUUAAUGUCAGUGGGGUGGGGGGGGGGGGGGGGGGAGAUUCCUUGAUUCUUUUGCAAUGUUUAACCGUUUUGGGCCAAAAAUCUCGAGAUGAAGUUGUGUGUUCUCUGUCUCACCCUGGUGUCGGGAAUUUGAAUUGCCAAGCCCUUUCCCAAGCCCUGAGAAGUCGGGGGGUGGGGGGGGGUUCCGCCUGUGACUUGUGUAUCUCUGCCGCCUGCCUGGCGGGGGUGGGGGGGAGGUUACCGCGUCUCGAUUUGCUUUUUUUGCCUCUUGGUGUCUUUCGAUUCUUCGGCUGCCAUCUUGUCCCGCGUGGCCCCGCGGACGGCUGAGGGCGUUCCUCUGCGUUUUUUCUCCGCCCUGGCUUGAAUUGCAUUGUGAGGGAUGCUGGUGUCAGCUGCCUCGUGUUUACUUGUCGACAGAACGUGAAACUGAAAGCCUAACCAAUGCCCACAGCAGAUCACAAGCACGGGAGACUCUGCAGGCGCUGGGAAUCUGGGUCAACGUACAGGCCGCCCGGAGAAAGCCAGCAGGUCAGGCAGCGUCUGUGGAGGGGAAAUCCAAUUCCCCACUCUGGCUCCCCUCUCACCCCUUCCUCCGUGCCUGCCCAAGCCUCCCUCUGGUGCCCCUCCUCCUUCCCUUUCUCCUCCAGACCUUUAACUUUUCCACCUGUCACUUCUCAGCCUCUUACUUCAUCCAACCCCCACCCACCUUCCCCC